GAAAUGCUGCAGCCUGGAUUCAUGUUUCUAAGAUCACUGCGUUAGUUGACAUAAAAUGGCACGUUUCCUCUGAAAUGCAAUGCGAAUUUCUUUUUUAAAAAAAAUAAAAAUGAACCGGUAACUUUAACAGCAGGGUAGGAAGAGGGGAAAAAAACGUCUGGCAGCAGUCGAUAUUAAAAACAUGCAGAGGGAGACAAGCUCGGGGCCUUCCAGAGUCAGGAAAAAGACUUCGGAGAGCAGCACACAGGAGAUGGCCUGAGGCAGGAGAGAACGGUUCCCUGGAGGAGAUGGAAGAGGACAUCAGUCUGAAGAAGCGUAAAAGCGAUCAUCAUGGUGAGAAAGAACUGCAGUCUGGGCAGGAAACAGGCGAAAAAGUCAAAAGGAAGCGAGGACGCCCACCAGCAGAGAAACUGCCCCCAAAUCCACCUGAACUCACCAGAACACUGAGCACACUGGUAGACAUGGUUAUCAACUACAAGGACGGGUUGGGUCGACAGAUCAGUAAAGGCUUUGUGCAGCUUCCCUCCAAGAAGGAGGUACCUGAGUAUUACGAGCUGAUCCGAAAGCCUGUCGACUUCAGAAGGAUCAGGGAACGUGUACGUAAUCACAAGUACAGAAGUGUGGGAGAUUUGGAAAAGGAUAUUUUCCUCCUUUGUCACAAUGCUCAGACUUAUAACCUGGAGGGAUCUCAGAUCUAUGAAGAUUCAAUUGUCAUUAAGUCUGUCUUCGAGAGCGCGAGACAGAGAAUUGUCACAGACGAGGAACAGAAAGAGACGGUUAGCGCCACUCACAGCGAUAAUGGUGGCGGAGCUGAAGACCAAUUUGUUCCAUCAGCAGUGAAACCAUUACCAGUCCAGCUAAAGAAGGGCAACAAGGAGGAGAGAAGCAGAAUUACUAUGGCCAAGAGGCUCCACAGUGAUUUAGACAGUGAUGAGGAUCUAGAGGACAACACCACAAAAGAUGAAGGUUGAACUGAAAGGCCCUCAGUUUUUUGUAUUCUGGUUCAUGUCUAUUCUCUGCCACAUCCCUUUUCAUUGGUUUCUUCAUUUUCUAAGCAAAAGAAAUGUCUUUGACAAUAAAAUAAGAAGGACCAUUCAAAGAGAGGCACUUACGGAACAAUGCUUCAAUAUAUGUCUUGCUGUACAUAGUUCUGUUCCUUUAAUUUAGCUGGUCUUAUAUAAUAAUUUCCAUUUUAUCUGCCUUAGUCUUUGUGAUUGCUUCUGCAAAUAUUAUGUAAAACAACAGUUUCACUGACUGUUUUUAAUCCAUAUAUUUGAUUGUAUGAAAUGCCUUCAUAUGUUUUGGAGCAUGAUAUGUACAUCUCUCCUGAAGCUGGCUCCUCCAGAGCAGCACCUGCUGAUGACAAUGUUGAUGUGUUCAGGGAUCGAGAAUUGAAGCACACAGGAAGGUCUUUUUAAAGAAAACAAGAACAAAUGAACACUAAGUUUGUUUAAAAUCUCUGAAUGUUAAUUUAGAGAUGAUACAUCUUUGAUAAAAACCAUAGUGGAAGUAUAAUGGUCAGAGAGACUUGAUAAAUACUAGUACUGAUAGUAUUACUUUUGUCUGUUUCUGAUACUUGAUGGAAUACGUUUAGGUCUAAUCAAGGGUACUCAAUUUGAACAUUUGUAUCCCUUGUGCUACAGUAUAUUCACAUGUUGUACAGUUUGUGUGAAAAGUAAGUAAAAACAAAGUUUCUUUUCAUUUACUCUCCUGGUUGUUGGGGAGGAUGGAAGACAUCAUUGUUAAGACAAUCCCUGGAAAUGUGUAUCACUUAAACACUUGCGAAAUAAAUUUUACCAAAAUUCC